AGUUUGUGUGUAGAUUUGAGGGGCAGCGGUGGGUGGGUGUGGGGAGUUACAGACAGCCUUUAAAGGCAGCAGAGUCGUCGAGCUGAGCGCCCUCAGAGCAGUGGAGGUAGCCCAGUGUGAGCACACCCUGCGAGAGAGCCAGCAGCGAACAGGCAGCAUGUCCGGGAAGAGUUUCAGAGUCAGCGACGGAGACUGGAUCUGCCCCGAUAAGAAGUGUGGGAACGUAAAUUUUGCCAGAAGAACUAGCUGUAACAGAUGUGGACGAGAGAAGACCACAGAAGCAAAGAUGAUGAAAGCUGGAGGAACAGAAAUUGGGAAAACUCUGGCCGAGAAGAGUAGAGGCCUCUUCAGUGCAAAUGAUUGGCAGUGCAAAACGUGUGGAAAUGUGAAUUGGGCCCGGCGCUCAGAGUGCAACAUGUGUAACACUCCUAAAUAUGCCAAGCUUGAAGAGAGAACAGGCUAUGGUGGAGGAUUCAAUGAAAGGGAAAACGUGGAGUAUAUUGAACGAGAGGAAUCUGAUGGUGAAUAUGAUGAGUUUGGCAGGAAAAAGAAAAAGUAUCGUGGGAAGAACAGUACACCCUCCUCAAAAAGUGAAAAGAAGGAAGUGGCAAAAGAUGAUGAUGAGGAUGAGGAGGAUGAUGAUGAAGAUGGCGAUCUGUCCAAGUAUAAAUUAGAUGAUGAUGACGACGAUGAUGAUGAUGAUGGCGACUUGUCAAAGUAUGAUUUAGAUGCCAGUGAUGAGGAUAAGGCAGCUAAGAAGCGGGGCAGCCGCUCAGGUCCCGCUCUGGAGGCUCCUCCAGUUCCAGAUCUGGAUCUCGUUCGAGGUCUCACUCCAGAUCCAGCUCCAGGUCUGGAAAGGGCUCCUCUCCCCGGAAGAGGUCCCACUCACCCUCCUCCUCACCUGAGAGGGGUCAGAAGCACAGUCGCUCCAGGUCGUCAUCUGGAGGGAGAAAACGGAGGCGUUCUAGAUCACGCUCGUCCGAAAGGCGCCGCGGCCAGUCGUCUGGAUCCUCCCAUUCUGGCUCCAGUUCAAAAAAGAAAUAACUUACAGCCUUUCAUUCGGCAUAAUGAAUUAAAGUCAAAGCGCAUGUUGUGUUGCAAAGAAAACAAAUCACAUCCCCUUCACUAUGCUGUUCAUUUUCAUCUAAUCUCAGAAGUCUUACAUCCCUCGAUAAUGACAGAGGCCACAGCGAGCAUCCUUCUGCCAUUUCUUACACCCUCCCUUUUUAAAACCACACACCCUCUAAUCUGUGACCAGUGUUUGUAACAAUAGGUGUCCAAUAAACAUAAAUGUUUGGUUCUAUAAGAAAAGUCGGAUAUUCUGUGUAGAGGCUGUACUAGAGUCUUGGCUGUCCUUCAUGGCAGGGUUAGUUUGACACACACCACAGGAAAUUGGAGCAAAAUGUUAUGGUUUCCGUUUAUAGCCAAGGAUAAAAUCAUUUUAUUUUUGUUUUUGUUUUGAUUUUUUGUAAGUUUGAUAACAUAAUAAAAUCGACAUACUUAAGCACCAAAUUACAACACCUGAAAUGUAGCUUUCUUUGGCCAUUUCUUUCCAUUAUCUUGGUUAAUGUAUAUUUUGUUUUCACAAAGGUAAGUAUUUUACUUUUUGAUAUUGCUUGUUUUUAAUUAAUGGCAGUAAACUCAAAUUUAUUCGCUUUAGGUUUAAAUGUUUUAGAGUUGAUGUUUUGGUUUCAAAGGUGCAAACCCAAUUCAUCAAAAAGUUAGGCUGCUCUGUCACAGCUGAUUUUUUUUUUUCAGCAAUUACUUGCAAAUCUCCAAAACUCAUAUUUUAUUCCAAAUAGAACAUGAAAAAUGUGUCAAAUGAGGAAACUGAUGGUUCUACCAUUUUUAGAUAUGUGAUGCACAUCUCCAGAAAGUUAAGAGGACAGCAGCCUGGUGUUGGCCAAGAGAAUAGACACACAAAAACCAACUUUAACAACUUUUCAGGUUAAAUGGAAAUGCAAAUUUCAGCAUAUUGGAUAAGAGUGAUGUGCGUUAAAGAUCAGCUAAAGCAAUUUCAGGUGAAAAUGUGGAAGUUGCUCAUUGAGAUGUAUUUGCGGUGCAGUUAAACAACAAGCCUAAAAGUGAUUUACAGUGGCUCUGCAAGAUAAAAUCCUGCAUGCCUCAGAAAACUGAACCAACUGGUCUGCCCAAAUAUUUCAAGAUCUCUGUUAAAAGGGGAAGCAGUUUCACAGUGGUAUGUUGUGUAGCUCCAACAUUUUUAAGUUACUUCUACCAACCAAUUCUGUUAAAAGGUGAAAUGGAGAAAUGUUGCAGAUCAAAUGUAAGAUGUAUUUGGUAUUAAAUGUGUUCUUGAGGUUUGCAAAUCAUUGCUUUCUGACUUGCACGAGGCAGCCCAACUUUUUGAGAAUUGAGGAAUUUAAUAUAGACUUGGCCUAUUUUGAUUACAUUGUACCAACGUGUAAUAGUCACUUAAAAUCGUAACCAAUCUGGCAGAAAAUCUUUUUGCUCCAGUUUAGUGCGACAGAAACAACAGUGGCAGUACAGUCUUUAUAUGGGUUAAUCAACCACAGUGUACAAUGUAAAUAAAAUUCUGUUGACAUUGA